CUCUUAAAUGCUAAUAAUCUAAGUACUAUUGUUCUACUUUCAUUCAAACACUCCUCAGUAAUCCCCCAACUCACUCUAGUUAUUGAAAAAUUGCAAGCCAAAUUUGAUACUUGACCAGGAAGAUAAACACCAACGGUUAUCUACAAUGUACAAGACUACAAUUCAACCAAAGUGAUAAUACUGGGUCAUCUCUUCAGCUACAAAUAUACCUUUUCUUCAUGCCAAAGGGUACAUUCAUAUCCCAAACAACAAAAAGAAGGAAGAGAGAGAGAGUAACCAAACAGAAGACAAGAAAGAAAGAAAGGUCUAAGUAUGUCUUAUGAAAUUGUUGACUAUAAAGCCCACCCAACCUGAUCAAACCCUGAAAUGUGAAAGGAAUUAUUUAGAGAGAAAAACAUUCAUCAUUGAGAGAGCAACUAUAAAAGUAUCUCCAAAUUUAUCGAGAAUUUAUUAGAAGUAGGUAGAUUUUAAAAUCUACAUCCAAUGGUCAUUAUAAGGCAGUCACAGUGCGGCUGUCUCAUUGAAUAAUUUUUCCGAAGUGUUGGAGCCAUUUUCACAAAGUAAUGUUUAGGUUUCAAGCUCUCAAUUUAAUGGGUCAGACUACAAUAAUGAAAAGCGAAAAAUCUAUACAACUAACUCCUAAUAAUCCAUUCUCACCACUAAAACAUGAUAUCCCCACUCAGUUGAGUGGUUUAGAGCUCCAACUUAUUUUUCUUCUUUCUCCUGAUGAAUUUAGCGCCACAAUGUGACUAUGAUGCACCCACCAAGCUUAAAUUUUGACCAAAAUGCCCUAUUUUGCUUGUUUGAAAACAUCCCAAUGUUGGCCAUUGUCUACAACAUUGAAAAGUUUUGAAAUCCCUCUAUAUGCAAAGUGACACCAUUAAAGAGAGAAAAUGCUAAUGGCAACUGAAGCUACUGUGCAAAGUGACACCAUUGAACAUAGCUUGCAAUGGAAGUGACCAAGCCAAGCUCUUUUUUAUCAGUCCCAAAUGGAACUCAAUGUGCAAGGAAUCAAAAGUAUACUGUGUACACAAUCCUGACAUGCAAGUACGUGUCUCUGUUGUGCUAAACGAAUGUAAAAUUUGAAUGUGAAAAUAAAGAGAGGCAGAAACACAGAGCAAACAUAUAAUAGGCUUUUGUUUCUUUUCUUUUUUCUUUUUUUCCUUCAGUAGCAAGUAGCUUUCACAUUUAUAUUCUAGUUCAAGCAAUGAAAUUGAUAAAACAAAUAAAUAAAUAAAGAAAGUUGUGUCCAUUUGAGUGGGGAAAAAGAAGGCAAUGAAUGGCCCCUUUUAUAAGAAUAUAAAGUAUUUUAAAAGAUAGUGUUUUGUUGAUUACUGUACUUUCCUGUAAUGGCUUUUCCAUUUGCACUUUCUCUUGUUUUGUCUAACCCAACCCCAUGAGAGAGCAAGAGGGGUUUUUAUUUCCUUUUGAAUUUCCAAUACCAUAACACACCAGGCUGUAUAAUCUUCCUAAAUAUACUAAAAUAAGAAGUCAUGGUUGUAAACAAGUCUAAGUUUUGUAAUUUAAUAUUCUAAUCUGGCUCUUAUUAGAGUGCUAUUUGAGUCAUCUAUUAUAAUAAGACAAUAAAAAUAUAUUUUCUUGUGGAUAUAGAAAUGCUUACCUUCCUCAACCUGAUUCCUCCUUUCAUAUCUUCCCACACAAUCUCCAAUUGGCUGCAAAUAAAAUAAUAUUAUUCCAGAGCCAACUUACACAAAUUUCUUCCUUUAAAAUUGACUUCUUGAGCUCCAUUCUUCCUCUGUGCUAUCCUUCCUCCAAACAUUCUUCCAUCACAAUUAUUAUAUUUCCCACAAUGUGCAGUUUGUUUGCCUGAUGUAAGCAAAAACCUGAUCAGAAAAGGAUUAUCCAUAAAGAGACUGAAUUUCAAUGUAUUUAUGUGCAAUUUGAAUAUACUCACAUGCAUAGAACCAUGGCAUAACCAUGUAAACCAACACCAUCCGAAUUUGUUUAUGCAUACAUGAAGAUUGCAGAACAUAGACAUAAUCUGCAUGGUCCAAGUUUUUAAGAAACUUGCUGAUGGUGGUGGGGACACUUCAAGCUUUUUCAAUCCUAUAAAUGUAAACUCUCUACCAAAAACCAACCCAAGUUCCACUUGAAACAUCCCUCCCUUCAAAGAGCCUGCCUGCAAGUGUUCAGAAACAUUUUGGGCAUGCAGCCUGGUGAAAUUGAGAGUCUCCAUUAUCUUCUUUCAUCCGCCCCAUCUCUACAUUCUUCUCAAUUUAACAUGUCCCAGGACAGAACAAACAGGGUGCAUCUCAAUCAGUUUUCUAAUCCCUUUACAAAAUUUCAAUAUCCUUAUCAAGUGCAAGAUAUGAAUCCACCACCCUUAAGCAGUAACUCAACUUCUGAUGAAGCAGAAGACCAACAACUAAGCCUCAUCAAUGAGAGGAAACAGAGGAGGAUGAUAUCUAAUAGAGAGUCCGCACGCCGGUCACGAAUGCGCAAGCAGAAACAUUUGGAUGAGCUGUGUUCUCAGGUCCUUUGGCUUCGGAAUGAAAACCACCAGCUAAUAGACAAGUUGAACCAAGCCUCCGAGUGUCACGAUCGGGCUCUACAGGAGAAUGCUCAGCUUAAGGAGGAAGCAUCUGAACUUCGUCAAAUGCUCAGGGACUUCCAACUCCAUAAUCCAUACCUACCAUGAAGAGAUCUCCUCCAAGUGGUUACCUGCAGAAAAGCUAUUAGUUUCAAUCUUGCAAGGCUGAGCUAGAGGCAAAGUUUUUGAUCGUUCUUUGCCAAUAAUGGUCCUCUUUAAUCUUUAUGUAGAUGCUACCUACCUCUGAAGUUUUACGAAACUUUAGAAAAAUAAAAGGUACUUAUUUAGCCUUCCCAAUGAAUUCCUUCAUCUGUGAUCAUAAAAUCUCUCCCAAAACAAUCUUUAGGUUUUCAUUUCAUCGAUA